AGGCUCGUUUUGAAGCAGAGAGAUCUCAGAUGCAAGCUCAGUAUAAGGUAUCCUUGGAGCAGCAGCUGUCAGAAAGACUGGCGCAGUUCCAUAAAGAGUCUGCACAGCAAAGUGCCUCUAUUCAGGAACAGCACAGAAAGCAGAUCUUGGAGCUAAGCGCACAUCACGACAAUGUACUAACAAGCAACUUGCUCAAUUCAAGUCUGAACUACAAGAAAGAGAAGAGAGGGCAGCGCAGGCUUGUCGAGGAAUAUGAAAUCCGACUUACAAGGAACCAAGAGGAGAUAUCUAGCUUACGUUCAACAGCCAAGAAACUAGAAUCCCAGAAAUCUGAAAUGGUGAACAGAUUACAAAGGCAUGAUGCGUGCCCACUGGGAUGAGGCUCGUAGAGUUCUUACUUUUGGAUAGCUCCCCAAAGUCGCUACAAAAGAAGGAGGUGGAAAGUCAUAAGGACCAGCCCCUCUUGUUACCAGAGAUGAGAACAUUAACACACAAUCUUGCUGGACAGGUCGAUAAAAAUCAAGACCUCAUGACAAACAUAUGCGCCCCUUACUUAAAAGUUACAGAAGAAGAAAAAAAGAAACCUAUUUUCGGUAGGAGUAUAAACGGCUGUAAGACUGUCCCAGGAUGAAGAAAGUAAUAUUGUACCCUCAAAAUUCUGAGCCUCAGUGGACAAAAGAGGAGUGGGGCCUCAGUGAAGAUCAUCUGAAGAAAAUAUCAGGAUUGGCAGGGAUUAAAAAUGAGUACCAGACUUCGGACAAAGCCCCAGAGAAGUCAGCAUUUGUUUUCUCAAGCAGUACCUUUAGCAACCUGCCAUGCAGCUGAGUACUCAGAAAUCUUCUUUAACCAUACCUCAAGACUGUUUGGAGCCACCAUUAAGUGAUGCUUUCCAAAGCGCUCAGAUGUUACAUUCACAGCCUUGAUAUCUGGAACAGUAAACCUAGAGGUGGAGAAGCAGGCAAAACAGGUUACCUCCACUCCUCCAGACAACUUUGCUCCUGUUAAUUCCACUUUUCACACUUUAUUUCCUUCAAACCUUGCUCUAGCAGACCUCAGUCAGUUUUUUCAAUCACAGCUUAUUAAGUCACCAGAGCUUUGUUUGCGCUCCAGCCACAACUGGAUGAGAGUACCAGAACAGAUCUAGCAGAACACCCCCUAUCUGAUAAUACAGAUGAAACAAGUGUGACCCCAUCUUGCAACAGUAGCAGAGAAUCAAGCGGAAAGCAGCCACUCUUGGAGCCAAGUGAGAGGAACAAAGAGCUUCAGCACUACAUUCAAAUGCUUUUAGGCCACUCUUCAGAUGAUCUUGUGGAAGCUGGACCCUGUGAUUCUGAAAGAGUCUGUGUUACUCAGACCAUACCUGCCAUUCAUCACAGUGGUUCUUGCUCUCCCCUGAAAAAGAUCAACAGUUUGAUAGAACACAAAAGGCAAUGCACAACAGACCACUCAGGCUCUGCAGGGGAGUCAACUGUGGAUUCAUCUUCUGUUAUGAAGGUAUCCCAGAGAAACCAGGAGUGGAAUACAGCUUCAAGCACUAAUAGGAAAGAGGAUGAAGUGCUUUCUUCCAAGCAGAUCAGUGACAUCUCUCGUCUCCUAGAACUAUACCACAGCCGUCCAGAAAUGGUUCCCUCAUCUUUGUACAACUUCCUGAAACCACCUGAUCAGAGCGGGUUAAAACAUAAUUUGUCUAAUGUGUCUGAAAGUGCAGCAAGUACAUCUGCCCCCAGAAGUGGUAAUCCUAAAGAGAUUCCGGUUGUUAAGAAAGAGGUGCUUUCACCACAGACUGCGCACACUCAGCGUCGCUCAAUGACUGUCAGGCCAUGUAUUGAGAAGUGUCAGCCAAAACCUGGAAAGAAGCCUGUAAACGCCAGUGUGCAAGGCAGCAAGUGUAGCAGGGGAUUGGUGUGGAAAUAGUGGCAGGCAGUAACAAAUGAACAGUUAUUCCAUUUAUUAAAUUGACUGAAUAAAGCAAUGUUUUGUAAGUAAAGCAAGUGUGCUGACUUGCAUGUAUCAUUGUCAAUGUGGCCAAAUUGUGCUGAAUUUUGAAAGCAUGUUCAACACUCUUCUCUGUAACAUUAUGUUCAUAUUAGCUUGGACUUGGCUAUAAUAGUAGUUUUUGAUAAGGUUUCUAACACACAAACAAGUUUAUUAAAUCUUUACUCCUCGCUUUAAAAAGGCAUAGUCCCUUGUUCUGUGCAGUAACAAUGGUGUAAUGGUUUAGUUUUCUUGGUGAUUACAGACAAAGUAUCCUGUUUUUUUGUGCCACUACUUUUUUCAGUAAUCUAUGAAACAGGUGUUACUGACAUCUGUUGCAUUAAAGCCGCUAGAUAAAAACCUAGUAAAAUGGACCUUCUGUUUGGCUUAAGAAGCAUUGUGCCACUCUUUUGAAAACAUUUUUAAAUCAUCAUGUUUAAUGCUUUAUAACCAUCACAGGCUACUUUAGGCAUUGGACAUUUUCUGAUUGGGCUGGGGGACACAGAAAUGUACUGAAUCAUUUUAUUUUUGUUACACUCUUCAAGCAAAUAUGGGAUUAUGGGGACUCUUACUAAAAUAAUCUGCACCCGCUGUCAUGUUGAUAAUCUCAAAGAAAAUCAUUAGACAGUAUUUUAUGUUUGCCAGUUCAUUACAUAAUGCAUUUUUGAUCUUGUGAUCAUCAGAUUGCCACAGUUUUGGUCCAGAUAUGGUGCAGCAUUAUUAUUAAGAUAACAUUUUGUCAAUUACAAAGGUAUUCCUUCAAGAUAGUUAUGAUCCAGUAUAAUGCAAUUAUGGGCAUAUGACACAUUUUCACCACUGUCAUUUUGCUACUUAGCAAUUUUAGGCAAUCCAGUUCUUUUUUUUUUAUGAAAAGGAAAACCAUUGUUUAAUAAUUAUCAGUAUUUGUCUCAAAACGGCUCUUGAUGAUUUGUAACAAUAUAAAGUAUAAAAAGGGACUUGCCCUCAUGGAACAAAAGACCCCUGUUUAAUGAUAUGCCAAUUGGUUUGUUAAUGCUCAGUUUUUUUAUUUUGGAAAGAUUCAUGUGAGGUUUACCAUACAUCUAUUACUAAUUCUGUUAAAGAGGUCUACUUAUAUUAUUACGCUACUCUAGGUUUCUUUUACUUUGUCCUUGAAGCAGACAAAAGUAUGCAUUCCCAUAUAUCAAGGUUAAAAGAACUAGCAAGCUCAGUUUUAUCCAACCCUGUCCUGCUUAGCAUUAUGUCCUGCGAUAUGCAGUAAUUGUUGGACAGAAACGUGUUACUAAAUUUAUGAAUAUAUACAUAAUAUAAUCAAAUGAUGCUGUAGUACCCACAGUGCUCUGGA